UGCUAAUUUGGGAUUGGUCCUCACAAAGAUGGCGGUCGCUAGACUCUUUAGCUGACUUUAAACUUUUUUUUUUCCUCGAGUGUGUUUUAAGAUUUUCAGAUUUUCUGGAAGUCUAUAAAGGCCACUGAGUGAUAUUAUACACAUGUUAGAUUGUAUUUUCUCUUGUUUAUUUGUACAUGAAGCGUGUUUUGUUGUUUUAUUUACCAACAUAGUGCUAGCUUGCUAGCUGGUGUUUACAUGCUAGCCUGGCUAAUACAGCUGUGUAAAUCAGACCGCAUCUGAACAGCAUCUGUCUGCAUCCUUUGGUUGAUAAAUCGGUAUUUUUUUUACAGAAAUGCGAAUUUGAGAUGGUUCAGGUUUUUUUUUGGUGAAGCGGUGAUACCCGUCGUUACCAUACGAAGUAUCUCUCUUCCUCGUCACCACGUCUGGGAACGGUUUGGCCAUGAGUGCACCCUGAGUACCCUUCAGGUGCGAUAAAAUGGCCGCCGAGCUUUAUGCUGCUAAGAAGUUGCCCUCGGUGGCGGCCACGGCUACGACGGUGCAGCAGUACCAACAGCAGAACAUCAGCAACAACAACACUGUUCACGGCUGCAACUGGCAAGGCCUCUAUCCCACCAUCCGAGAGAGAAACGCAGUGAUGUUUAACAACGAGCUGAUGGCGGACGUGCACUUCGUGGUCGGCCCUCCCGGGGGCACGCAAAGAGUGCCGGGGCACAAGUACAUCCUGGCCGUCGGGAGCUCUGUGUUCUAUGCCAUGUUCUACGGGGAGCUGGCGGAGGAUAAGGACGAGAUCCGCAUCCCAGACGUCGAGCCACAUUCCUUCCUGGCCAUGCUCAAAUAUAUCUACUGUGAUGAGAUUGACCUGUGUGCGGACACUGUUCUGGCCACACUGUACGCUGCCAAGAAGUACAUGGUUCCUCACCUGGCGCGUGCCUGCGUGGCGUUCCUGGAGACCAGCCUGAGCGCACGUAACGCCUGCGUGCUGCUGUCGCAGAGCUGCCUGUUCGAGGAGCCGGAGCUGAUGCGCCGCUGCUGGCAGGUGAUCGACGCCCAGGCUGAGCUCGCGCUGCGUUCUGACGCCUUCUGUGACAUCGACCUGCGCACGCUGGAGAGCAUCCUCCGGCGCGAGACCCUCAACGCGAGCGAGACGGUCGUUCUGGAGGCGGCGCUCAGCUGGGCCGAGGCCGAGUGCCAACGUCGUGAACUGCAACCUACUGUCGAAAACAAGAGGCUGGUGCUGGGCGAGGCGCUGUACCUCAUCCGUGUCCCAGCAAUGUCGCUGGAUGAGUUUGCCAACGGUGCGGCGCAGUGCGGCUUGCUCACGCUCGCCGAGACCAACGCCGUCUUCCUGUGGCACACGGCGGCUAACAAACCCGAGCUGCCCUUCGUCAGCCAGCCGAGGAAAGGCCUGACUCCGCAGCGCUGCCACCGCUUCCAGUCGUGCGCCUACCGUAGCAACCAGUGGCGUUACCGUGGACGCUGUGACAGCAUUCAGUUUGCUGUGGACAGGCGCGUGUUCAUCGCCGGCUUCGGUCUCUACGGCUCCAGCUGCGGCUCGGCCGAGUACCAGGCCAAGAUCGAGCUCAAGCGGCAAGGCGCCACGCUGGGCCUCGCCGUCGUCAAGUACUUCUCAGACGGCUCCAGCGGCACGUUCCCGGUGUUCUUCGAACACCCGGUGCAGGUGGAGCCCGACACGUUCUACACAGCCAGCGUGGUGCUGGAUGGCAACGAGCUCAGCUACUUCGGCCAAGAAGGGAUGACCGAGGUGCAGUGCGGGAAGGUCACCUUCCAGUUCCAAUGCUCCUCGGACAGUACCAACGGCACCGGGGUGCAGGGGGGACAGAUACCCGAGCUCAUAUUUUAUGCCUGAGAGACUUCUUACCAAGGUCUGACAAUCCCCAAGAGGACACCAGCUUGUACAGAUAAACGUUGUUGCCGUAGUCAUGGUUACUCUGUGGUAGUACCGACAGGCAGGGCAUCUUCACAGCUAAAUCUGCCCCUUGUACACCACUGUUCACACUUGCAGUGGUGUAUCAGUGGCAUAUUUGUAACAGCAGCAUCGUACUGGAUUUCUGAUGGCUCGUUGCCACGUGCUACUGAAACUUUACUGAAGUUAGACAUCAGAAUUUAGAGUUCUGUUCCAAGUUGGCAGCUUUCAGAUUUUAAAUUGACGAAGCGGAGGUGUGGAGGGGUGUUACUGACUGGCAGCUAGCACGCGUUAGGUUACGGAGAAAUCACUAGCAUGACAAUCACCAGUGCACCCCAUUACCGCAGCGCUAGAUGUUACGUUUUAAACAUACCACAUGAUUGCCUUAUUGUUCUCUUAGCUCGCUAGCCCAUUGAAACACGCACUGGUACGGCCUAAUGAACCACACUCCUACCUUUUACUAACACUAGACACGAACUAGGAGCGAAUUUCCUGCGACACUACAACAUCCUGUUCAGUUCACCGCUUUUUAAAGAUGCCAUCUGCUCCCUGCCAGGCAAAUGACAGUAAAAACAAGCGUAAGAUCCCCGGAAAGGCAACAGUUCUGAUCUCAUUUCUGUGCUUUUUUUUUUUUUUUUUUUUCCGCAAGUCUAGAAAGAAAGAUAAGAAUGACAAAUAGCAUCGUUAACACAGUUUACUCUAGCUAGGAACCAACUCAGCUAGCUAGCUAACAAUUCUGCAUCGUUUUCAUUGACCACAGUGACGUAUGCAACAAAUCAGUCUGACUGAGUUCUCCUCAAUCAAUUAUAAACUACACUAGCGGUUUAAUCCAGCUAGGACAAUGAUGGGACAUUCCAGGGAUGAGAUCCGAUUUUUUCCUGGGUUUCCUCGUGGCUAAUUCCUUCCUGUUCCGUUAAAGCACAACUGUGAGAGUGAAGCACAUGCUCAUCACACAGGACUAUCUUAGUAGCAACUGAGCCUUUAGGAUUUCCAUCUGUAUACUCAACCAGCAUCAAAACUCUGCCAUGUGGCGUUUGUUGUGGUUUUGUGGAUUAGCUUCAGCACCAGCAGAUGGGUGCUGUUUUUAUUUUUAACCUCUAAAAUAUUUAAAAUGCUAAAAUUCACAGCGCCGUCUGGAUCCAUCGUGCAGCCGGGCUCUGUGUGUCAGUUUCUGCAUCGUGCCUUGUGUUUCUGGUUCGCUAAAAGAAAAUGGCUGACUGGUUUCUGAAACCGCAGAAUACAAAGGCAGCUUGCAACUCGGUAGUAACACUAUUCAAAAAAAAAAAAAAAAAAGGUGAAGUCUAAGUUGUAGCUGCUAGGCCGUAUACUGCCCAUUGGUCACGUUUAUACACAUUUGCCUACGUUAUACGUGUAAGAAAUAAAAGUGCUUAUUUUGUGGAACUGAUACUUGAUCAUUUUUAUACUUGAUGUGCUAGACGUUGUUGCGUAUCAGCUGUACGGCGUGUACUGUAAACACUCAGUGUAAUCACUGUAGUCCAGUUUUCUUUUGCUUCGAUGGUCUUUGUGGUUUAACAGUUGUUUUACAAUGAAGAGCUCAGAUUGAUUGAACACGCCAGCACUUUUUCCUUGUUUCUUGAAGGGCUUGAUGAUGCGUUGUGCUGCUCGUCACAUUUGUUUUUAAUUUAACUGUGGUUAUAAAAUCUCACAUCCCACUUGUGCUUUGAUUUUUUUUUUUUUUCCCCCACUUGUAAAUUUCCACUGGUGAACUGCCACUUGUUAUUGUUUCAUCCAUUUUUCUUGGGAAAUAAAAUUACUUACUGCACCUUUAAUCACAAUGAAGACACACACAAACACAAUCUGAAAUAAACCCUGUUCACACA